GCCAUAUACUCGUCCAUCAAGUCUAUCGAGAGCCUCUCCGAAGAGAUUUUUGAUUCCUCUUCACCAAAUGUGAAAGAUUUGGUCCUGAAAGUCUUUGCUCACCAGGCUGUCAGCGAUUUCCUUAUUUAUACAUCUCGUCUUGAUGUGUUCGCCAAAGAUUUCUCGUUAUCAUUUGAUGAUGACAUCGAUUUCCUAUUGAUAAUCAGAAAAUUGAAGUAUUUCUACAAUCAACCCACUGGUGCUGUUUUAGAGCAACUUGCUACUCUUGUGCAAAGGUAAGUUAUAUUACACCUACAGUCAUGAAAUAUCAAAACGCGACGUACUCCAAGUUUCAUUUCAUGAAGCGACGAGCUUGCGAUGAUACUGACUGACAGGCUCCCCCUACCCUCCCUCCCAGAAAUUUAAUUUAAUUUUUCCGGAUGGUGUGCUGGCAACCAUUAAUACUCCUGGUGGAGAGGGGUAUUUUGGAAAAAACUGUUUUGCCCGCAAUUACCCCGGCCAGAGCCUAAAGCCGAUCUCUCAACUAGGAAACUAGAGGGUACACCACUAGACAGAGGUAUACUUCAGAAACCUCAUAUUUUUACCCCUUCCCCCCUUCCGUUAGAACUAUUCAGAAAGUUAUGGCACCAACCGCAUUUUGGGGUCCAAAUGAUGAACUGGCCUGUUGUAAAUUGUCCUAAUAUGAGCUAGAAAUUCGACCAUGGACACAACCAUUUGGAAUUUACUUAGCAACCUGGCCGCUUACAUGUGGCUCAGGAAAAUCUUACUACUUUGGCGAUUGGUUUCAACUAAUAGACUAGCAUCUAAUUUCUCCUUACAAUAUCACCCCAAAAUCACACGUAGGGGUCACAAGAAAAAAGGAAAUUGUCACGAAUAAUAGAAGCUCUAGAUUGUUAAACCAAUUCUCCUUGUCAGCACCUUAAGAAAUGUACUUCGAACAGUAUGGAGAAUAUGCAUACUGAUGUUAGGGUGUAAGGGGUUAAUGCAAAAAAGCAGAUAAUCAGUGCAACAGCUUUUCAGUGGUCAACUGCCGGUUUAAGUCACUAUUUGGAAUCUCAAACCGUGACAAGAAGCAAACUUUUAUAAGUAUUUUUUAAUGCUCGGGAUAACAUUUCCAAAUCUACUGCUUCUCCGGCACUGGCUUGAUUCAUCUUGCUUUUAUUCCAUUUUGUAGAAAUUCUUUUGAUGCUGCCAAAGUUUCCAGGUGGAACGAGGUCGUUAAGAUGUUGACGGCGGAUAAGACUUUAAGCACUAUGGCUGUUCGCCGUUUCCUUCAAGAAACAGGUUGUCCUAAAUGUUACAUAGAGAAUGCUGAGUAUCUUGAGAAAUUUGACCCGCACGGAAUUUACCCCACCACCAUAUAUGGAAGAUGUAGUGGCGAAGUUCUUGCUAAACCAGACGCAUCAGUUGUUGCCAUCACUAGUAGAUAUACUUUAACGACUACUGCCAAGAUAGUUUAUGACGUUCUGAACCCAACCAAUCCAGAGCUGAGGGCUGUAUAUCAACCCAUCGGAAGGUUUGUCUCUCACUUUCUAAUCAGGAGCUUAAUUUAUGUGCACAAUCUAUUGUGGAAGGGAAGUUUAAAUUGGAAACAAAUACUUUCUUUGGCGUUUAAUAGUUCUUCGAAAUUGAUAUUUAGGAGGGUUUCCUGGGGGGAACGUUCUUCAUUUUCUGUAAAUUUUUGUCAAGCGGUUGUUUGGUCAGACGUUUGGUAGGUCGGUCAGUCAGUCAGUCAGUCAGUCAGUCAGUCAGGCAGCUAGUUUGACAGUAAAAUUAAUUAAUUCAUUUAUACAGUCCUGACUCAUUUUCCUUUUGUAUCCUUUACCUCAUUCCCAGGUGGCUAUAUUUACUACGUUUUCAAACAGUUUGACCUCGCGUACUUACGCACCCGAUGAGUCAAACCCAACGAAAAGCCACGGUAAUAUCACUGGUAGUCUUUAAAAACUAUGAGUGUCAGCCGUUUCCUUCAAGAAAUAGGUUGCCUUACAUGUUACAUGAAGAAUGCUGAUCAACCCUUCACUCAUAUGUGAAAAAUGCGGUGGCAAAGUUACGGCCACUUACAGUCUUCGCGCUAAUCUCUUUUAUUCUUUUGGAACUUUACACUAUCCUUAGACUAAUCUCUUGUCCUUGUUUUUUCCCCGAUAACCAGGUGCGUGACAAUCAUUGAUAAAAACGUGGAAAAUAUCUAUGGUACAGCUAUACAGGCCUACUUUGACGAGCACUCUAUCGAGUUGAUCAAGCUGGUCACCUCCGCGGAGGAAAUUGACAAAGACAUCACCAACUUACAGGAUGUCUUGGUGCAGCUGAAGACAUUGGGGGUUAGACGAAACGAGCCUCUGUUGGUAGUCGGCAAUGGUGUAUUACACGACGUUAUUGCGUGUGCAGCCUCCCUCUACCAUCGUAACACACCCUACGUGAUGCUAUCUACAAGUGUCGUGGCCGCCAUCGACGCUGGACUAUCACCUCGCACAGGUUGUGAUGGAUUCGGUUUCAAAAACCUCUUUGGCUCCUAUCAUCCUCCUGUUCUGGCACUGACUGACAGAAGCUUUUUCCGCACAUUAAAGCUCGGUUGUAUGCGUCAUGGCAUUGCUGAGAUAGUUAAGAUGGCGGUUGUUAAGGAUGAAGAACUCUUUUGCCUACUUGAGCAGAACGCCGCAGUAAUUUUGUCGACCAAACUUGGCACAGUGAUGGAGGAUUUUGAGGGAAAUCACGCGGCUUUUCAAGAUAUCUGUGAUCUCAUUGUUGGCAAAGCUCUUGAAGAGUAAGUGUGGCUACAACUUUUUUUGUUUGUCUGUGUCUAUGAUCGACAUGAGUCCUCUUUCAGGCAUAAAAGGAGAAAUUCACUGCAGUUUCCUAUAUGAUUCAUCUUUUUUUUCUAGCGUAACUAGCAGAGUCGUCGACGCCCUUGGAAUGUGUGCAUUCAUUCAACAAAAUUAAACUGCGAAUCCCUAUGUAAAUUCUAACUGAAAAAGAAAAAAUUGUUUGAACCAUUUUUAAUAAUUGUUUUGCUAACUAUUCACAAUUAACAGGCUCUUAUCAAGAAACAAAGGCAUGCUUUACUUUUUGCAUUUGUUGAUUUUUUUAGCUAUCUAUUUACUUAUUUUAUCUUUUUUGAUUUCUAGCUACAUGAGAUCGGAGUACGGUAACAUGUUUGAGACGCAUCAGUGCCGACCGCACGCCUAUGGUCACACAUGGAGUCCCGGUUAUGAACUCCCUGCUGGAAUGCUUCACGGUCAUGCUGUGGCAACUGGGAUGGGCUUUGGUGCAUAUCUCUCUUUCUGUAACGGCUGGAUCACACAGCACGAGUUCCAUCGGAUUUUAAAGCUCCUCAGCGACCUUGAGCUGUCCUUGUGGCAUCCUGUCAUGGAGGAUACGCAGCUAGUCUACAAAGGCCAGAAUACCAUGAUCCAAAAGCGGGCUGGUAACCUUGCUGCACCGGUACCUAAAGGGCUUGGCAAGUGCGGCUACAUCAACGACAUGCCUUACGAUCUCCUUGGCAAGCGCCUGGGCGAAUAUCGGAAAAUUACCCUAGAGUACCCCCGACAAGGGAUGGGUAUUGAGGUCCACUGCAUGGAUAUUGGAAUCGCGUGUCCAAAAGUG